AUGGCCAUCAUCGACCAAGAAACCGACUGUCACUUCUCUGCGUCCCAGGACGCAACACAUUCCUCCAGAACUCGACACAGUAUGGCGCAACCACGCCCAAAGCGACUGUCGACCUCGAUUAAGACCGGUGUGCCUUUGAGCAUAUUGCCGUCAGCCCCCGCCUCUCCUCCCACGCCCGCACCUUCUCCCACGCCCUAUCAACGUGCUCCUAGUUGGAGUUCUGCUGGAGAGAAUGAAGAUGCUUUCCUCAGGGAUGCUCGGGAGCACUUUUCUAACUUGCAUGCUGCGGGAAGAGAGAGAUACCUUGCUGAAUUAUUGAACAUGUGCGACAGUCAGCUUUUGAGUUUCGUCCAUCAUUUCGUCUCUCCACGAUUGAAGAAGGACCCAUUCGAGCAUCUCCCAGACGAACUUUGUCUAAGGGUGCUCUCGUAUAUUGAUGAUCCGCAGAGCCUGGCCCGAGCCUCGCAAGUAUCACACCGGUGGCACAAACUCUUGAAUGAUGAUAUGUUAUGGAAGAUUAUGUGUGAACGGCAUGCCUGGCGCAAAUCAUCCGCGGCCUCGAACGACGACGUCGAAUCACUAUAUUUACCACAGGCCGCGCAAGGUCCCUACAGUUACAGCACUCGGUCUCCUAAAAGGAACCUCGAUAGUUCGAUCGUUGGUCCGUCCAGUAGUGCGCCGAAUCUCACAUUGUCGAGACAAGACCACUUCUCAGCGAGUCCCCAGUCGAGGAAACGACAAUCCCAAUCUCAUUACUCACAUUUCCGGCAUAAAUAUAUGAUUGAGGCUGCGUGGAGGAAAGGGGGUGAGAGUAUCAUCAAGCACAUCACCCCGGAUCAGGGAGUCGUAACGAGUUUGCAUCUGACCGACAAAUACAUUGUGGUCGCUAUGGACAAUGCUAAAAUCCACGUCUUCAAUACGGUUGGCGAGCAUCAAAAGACGUUGAAAGGCCAUGUGAUGGGAGUAUGGGCCAUGGUACCUUGGGACGACAUCCUUGUCAGCGGCGGAUGUGACCGGGACGUUCGCGUUUGGGACAUGUCUACCGGCAAAAGCCUUCAUACAUUACGAGGACACACCUCAACCGUGAGAUGUUUAAAGAUGUCUGACGCAAACACGGCGAUCUCUGGGUCCAGAGAUACUACCUUGCGGAUAUGGGAUCUGACGACCGGAAUGUGCAAAAACGUUCUUGUUGGUCACCAAGCUAGUGUUCGAUGCCUUGCCAUCCACGGAGACCUGGUGGUGUCCGGCAGUUACGAUACCACGGCCCGAAUCUGGAGUAUCUCCGAAGGUCGAUGCCUCCGCACAUUGACUGGACACUUUAGUCAGAUAUACGCCAUUGCCUUUGACGGUAACCGGAUUGCUACCGGAAGUCUUGAUACCAGUGUUCGAAUUUGGGACCCUAAGACGGGUAUGUGCACAGCUAUUUUGCAAGGGCAUACUUCUUUGGUCGGACAGUUGCAAAUGCAAGGCGACACUCUUGUGACCGGUGGCUCUGAUGGCUCGGUUCGUGUAUGGUCAUUGCAGACUAAUACCCCCAUCCACCGCUUGGCUGCACACGAUAAUAGUGUUACCAGUUUGCAGUUUGACAACCACCGAAUAGUCAGUGGCGGCAGUGACGGACGAGUGAAGAUUUGGAGUCUUGCGACCGGUCAUUUGGUUCGCGAGCUUAGUCAACCCGCAGAAGCUGUUUGGAGAGUGGCAUUUGAAGAGGAGAAGGCCGUCAUCAUGGCAAGUCGGUCAAAUAGGACUGUCAUGGAGGUCUGGUCCUUUUCACCGCCCGAAGAGCCCUGGGAAAGAAGGUCUGAAAGCCCUUUGAGUUUACCAGAGCGGAUACCGGCUGUAGAGGACGAUGACGAACGGAUAUCAUUUGAAGAGAAGAUUGGCGAUACAGAUGCUGCAAUGAGCGAUGUAUAG